CCCUGACUCCCGGCGUUCUACCCUACGACUUUCCUUCCUCGCGCUCCCAGAAUCCGGCAUUAUGGCGGCCAUCGUGCCCCGCACCGCUUCUCUUUCUCCGCUGCUUCCUCUUCUCUUGGGCCUCCUGCUCCUCUCUGCUCCACAUGGCGGCAGCGGCUUGCACACCAAGGGCGCCCUUCCCCUGGAUACAGUCACUUUCUACAAGGUCAUUCCCAAAAGCAAGUUCGUCUUGGUGAAGUUCGACACCCAGUACCCCUACGGUGAGAAGCAGGAUGAGUUCAAGCGUCUGGCUGAAAACUCGGCCUCCAGCGAUGAUCUCUUGGUGGCAGAGGUGGGGAUAUCAGAUUAUGGUGACAAACUGAACAUGGAGCUGAGUGAGAAAUACAAGCUGGACAAAGAAAACUACCCAAUCUUUUACCUCUUCCGGGAUGGGGACUUUGAGAACCCGAUCCCAUAUAGUGGGACUGUUAAAGUUGGAGCCAUACAGCGCUGGCUAAAGGGGCAAGGGGUCUACCUAGGUAUGCCUGGUUGCCUGCCUACAUAUGAUGCCCUGGCUGGGGAGUUCAUCAGGGCCUCUGGCGUGGAGGCCCGCCAGGCCCUCUUGAAGCGGGGGCAGGACAAUCUCUUGAGUGUGAAGGAAAUGGAGAAGAAGUGGGCUGAGCAAUACCUGAAGAUCAUGGGGAAGAUCUUAGACCAAGGUGAGGAUUUCCCGGCAUCAGAAAUGACCCGGAUCACCAAGCUUAUUGAGAAGAAUAAGAUGAGCGAUGGGAAGAAGGAGGAGCUCCAGAAGAGCUUAAACAUCCUGACUGCCUUCCAGAAGAAGGGAGCCGAGAAGGAGGAGCUGUAAAAAGACAUUCUGAGGGCUACCUCCAGCUGUUGAACGAGCAAACGAAGAAUAUCAAUCCGGGAGGAUACACCAUUCUCAGCAGUCUUCUCUGAGUUCUUUGGCUCCACAGGGUGAUUAAGACUUGGAAGCCCACUAAUCAGCCUCAGUGUUAAGGAACGGAUUCGUAACCACAUGGUCUCCUCCUCCAAGGAAAGUUUCUUAUGUUCUUCAGAAACAUCCCUUAAACAGAAACAUCCCCAAACCAUCCAUUUUAUUCAAUCUGCUGCCUUCAAAUCUUUCAAAGAUAGCUUUUACCAGUCAAGAUGCCUUUGAAGAAUGAUCCCAGCUUUCAUUUACUAGCUGAAUGAUCUUGGACAAGCCAAAAUCUUGAGUCCCCAUUUCACUAUCAAUAAAAUGGGAAUGAUAACCUGUGUAACAGAUCAUUUUUCCCUUAAGUAAGACUUCGUUUUUUCUGAUGAUACAUGUAUCUAGAAUACAUGUAUCA